CCGAGGCUGUAAAAUAGAAACAUAACAGAAGUGAUCUUUCUUUUGAAACUCUCUGAAAAAGGAAGCCACCACUGUUCUGUUAAUCAUGGGGGCCCCCAGCGCAUGGAACCGCGUUUGGCACAUUGUAGGUUCUGCAAGAAAUAGCUGCUGAAGAGAACAGAGGGAGGCAGGAGGAAGAGGCAGGAGGAAGGGAGGGAGAGAAGAAAUUAAUUUUUAAUUAUGUGAGAGGCUGGUUUGCGCAAAUUUGAAAACCGCCGAGCAUUAACUAAAAUGUCAUUUCAAAAUACCUAAACCUGGCUGUUAAGGAAACACAGAGAAAAUUUUGAUCAGAAACAGAUAGCGAUUCUCAAAAAUAGAAAAACAAAAAACCACACUGUGGCUGCUACCCCCCUCCAAAGUUAAUUAAGUGUGGCGGUAAGAGCCAUCCUGUUUGGGCUAUUUAUGUAAUGAAAAGAUCGUCUGAAAAGAAACCCCAGUGGCCCAGUCCGCUAGGCUAGGUGGCUGAGCCAGCUGGAGUGGCAGAAGGUGACCAGGAGCCGUGAUCCCUGCACCAACAGACUGGUUAUGAUUAAAUGAUGCUUCUCAUAUUCAGAUUGCAAAACCGCUCCAGGCAAGAGUCUGGGAGAGGCUUAAAUUAUGUCACACGGCAACGAGCUUGUUUCUGAGAGAGUUUCCGCUGUCGACUUGAUUUUCUGCACACUCCCAGAUCCCAGGAGGUGGCCUGCUGGCUGCUCUCUGGAAAACCAGGAUCAGCUUGAGAGCAAGGGUCCGGGAAUCAAGCAGGCCCUUCCCUGGUUUUGCAUCAAUUAGAAUCGUAGCUCAUCACCGCUAGGAGGGGAUUAAACCUUCUGCUGAAGUGAUGUCCGCAGCGGGACAAGAAGGAGGAAGAAAGAGAGGGCAGUUGGAGAGAAGGAACUAGAAACCACGCAAAUACUUGUGAUGGGGUGAUGAUGGACUAGUGUACAGCCAUUAGAAAGGUGGAGUGAGGAGGGAGGGCGUAGCUGAAGAGGUAGGGCACGUGCUUAGCAUGCAUGAGGUCCUGGGUUCAAUUCCCUGUACCUCCAUCAAAAUAAAUAAAUUAGUAAAAAAAAAAAACUUAAUUACCUCCCCCACAAAAAAAUAUUUUAAAAGAAAGAUAGAGUGAGUUCUGUACCAGCUGACCUGAAAAGUGAGGUUCACAGAGAUGUCUGAGGCAGAUGUGGGGUGGGGCUGCAGUUGGCAAACUAUGAUAGCAGGCUAAAUCUGGUGUCCUCUCCCUGGCUUCCUGCAGCCCGCGAGCUAAGAAUAGCUUUUACAUUUUUAGCUCAGAAAUGGUUUUAAAGAGUUUGGGGGGAAAAUUCCAAAGAAGGAGACUAUGUUAUGACACGUGGAAACGUUGUGAAAUUCCCGUUUCAGCAGCCGUGGUCUGUCUUCCUGGCACACGGCCACCGUCACUCAUCCGCCCGUUGUCCUGUGGAGGUGUCCUCACGCUGAACGACAGAGCUGAGUCGUGGCCACAGAGACCGGGCUUGGAACGCCAAGCAGAAAAUAUCCUCUACUUGGCCCCUCCCUGAAAAAGUCUUUCAGUUCCUGGUUUAGCGUGUGAUGACAUUCUGUGACACAGCAGUGUGAGAUGCUGUUCCCCGCGCUUUGCCAGAGGAAAUGUAUUGCCUUUGCUUAUUUUUCAUUCAUUUUAUCGUUUAUUCAUCAGACGCUUAGUGCCUACCUGCAGGGCCGGGCACUGGGACCCAGCAGGGGACAAGCAGAGGCGGAGCUUACAGUCUGUGUCCUUUCCCCUCUCUUCCUCCCGCUAGGAACCCUGAUGGCCUUGGUCCCUUCUAAGGAGAGGUGCGGGACUGGCUCCAUGCCUGCUGGUGUCUUGCAGGGAGGUCAAGGUCCAGAAGGGUUCGUCGUGAAUCGGGCCACACUCUCAGUUUGGUUUCCGGAUGCUCAAUACUCAAUCUUUGCAUUUCCAGCGCGUGCUCCCCAGCGCAUCCCACAGGGAGAGGCAGGAGUGCUCGACCCCCGUCAUGCGGACGGGAGCAGCUGUCUGCGAUGGAGAAGGCUGCAGCCCCGUCUCCACCUGACGCCUCCCGCGUAAGGCCAAAGCCACCUUCAGACUCAUGCCCCAGUGCCUCAGUCUCUAUGCAAAACCUGGACAGUGGAAAUCAGCUCCAGUCCCGGGAGGAAGCCAGCUCUGCAGGGGCCGAUGUGAGGAAUGGGGUUUGAACCAGGAACUUCGCUUCAGAGACUAGCUUUCCUUCUUCAUUCAUUCUCAUGCCUACCACCUCCUCACAGACUGCUUUAUUAAUUUCUAGGAAAACAGCACCCAGGUCAGUCAUUGUAGCCUCCCCACAUUUGGACACUCCUUUUGGCUCUUUUGGGCAGCCUGGAGCCCAGUGGUGACAUAACUGACACGUUGGGGACCUGCAGAAGGAGCAGCCCCGGGGCCGAGGGCAGGGGGAGGAGCCAUAGGGCCCCAGCAUGGCGUCCAACAGCACGGACCCCUCCUCCUGUCUGAACCAUACCGCGUUCAGGGUCACCGUCAGCUUGGUCCUCACCGCCCUCAUCCUCAUCACCAUCGCCGGCAACGUGGUCGUCUGCCUGGCGGUGGGCUUGACCCGGCGGCUGCGGAGUCUCACCAACUGCUUCAUCGUGUCCCUGGCCAUCACUGACCUGCUCCUCGGCCUGCUGGUGCUGCCCUUCUCGGCCUUCCACGAGCUGUCGUGCCAGUGGGGCUUCGGCGAGGCCUUCUGCAAUAUCUACACCAGCCUGGACGUCAUGCUCUGCACGGCCUCCAUCCUCAACCUCUUCAUGAUCAGCCUGGACCGGUACUGCGCCGUCACGGACCCCCUGCGCUACCCCGUGCUGGUGACCCCUUUCCGGGUCGCCAUCUCCCUGGUCUUAAUUUGGGUCAUCUCCAUCACACUGUCCUUCCUGUCUAUCCACCUGGGGUGGAACAGCAGGGCGGAGACCAACAACACCAAUCACACCGUCUCCAAGUGCAAAGUCCAGGUCAACUUGGUGUACGGCCUGGUGGACGGGCUGGUCACCUUCUACCUGCCCCUGCUGGUCAUGUGCAUCACCUACUACCGCAUCUUCAAGAUUGCCCGGGAUCAGGCCAAGAGGGUCCAUCAUAUCAACUCCUGGAGGACAGCCACCCUCCGGGAGCACAAAGCCACAGUGACUCUGGCCGCCGUCAUGGGAGCCUUCAUCGUCUGUUGGUUCCCCUACUUCACUGUGUUUGUUUACCGUGGGCUGAGAGGGGAUGAUGCCAUCAACGAGACCUUCGAAGCCAUUGUUCUGUGGCUGGGCUAUGCCAACUCGGCCCUGAACCCCAUCCUGUACGCCACGCUGAGCAGAGACUUCCGCACGGCGUACCAGCGCCUCUUCCGCUGCCGGCCCGCCGGCCACAUCGCCGACAGAACUUCGCUGAGGGACAGCAGCUCUCAGCUGAAGAGGAAUCAAAGCCAAGAACCAGGGUGGCAGGAAGAGAGGCCCCUGAGGCUCCAGGUGUGGAGUGGGACAGAGGUCGCGGCCCCCCAGGGAGCCACAGACAGGAGGCUGGCGCUGUCCUGCACCACGUGCUCAAGCAACCUUCUGAGCUGCUGCAAGAGCCUGUGGGGGAUUAGGUUCCUCCAGAGACAUGUGGGAGGCCCCUCGGAAGAGCAGCUGGGGGAAGCCGCUGUCCAAGGAGCCCCCGAGAACGCUGCCUUCCGAGGCUGUCUAGCCUCGGCCCCAGGACACUGAACUUACUGCUCCUGGUCACCAACAUUUGACUCCUGGAGCCACCAAGGACCCAGCAGCCCCCAAAACCAUGGAGGACACACCCUGGCCUGAGUCCGGGGACUCCCAGAGCACACGACCGGCUACGGGGUCCUCCGGCCCGGGGUGGAGCAGCCGCCUGUUCUGCGCUCAGCCUCCCCUCCCCAGGUCUGCUGAAUCCCGCGGGUUCAGAGCUCACAUUGGUGCUGGCCCUGGGUCAUGAACAGAGACGCGGGGCUUUCGGGGUUGUGCGCACGGGCGUGUGCUCGGACGUGCAUGCGCAGGAGCACACGUGCCCUCUGAGCACAGCCGAGGGUGUUGCCAUAAAGCGUUAGCCUCUCACUCCCUCCCGAGUUCUGUGGGAUGAUGAAGGGGAGGAUGGGAGGGGGAGGCAAAGGAAGGGAAGGGCAUUAGCCUUUAACGAACACCUGCCGUGUGCCAGGUACGCCCUCUGCAUGAGCACACAUAGUCCUUACCAUGUGCGGCAGGGAUCACUUUAUAGGGAAACUGAGGCUCAGAGAAAUACGGGGCCGUCCCUAAGGCCACUCAGCUAGAAGUGUGCCUGGCACGAGGGAGGCACUUGAGAAACUGUUGUUGAAGGAAGGAACGAACGAAGAAAUGGACAAACAGGAUGAUGGGUGGAAAACCAGGCUUCAAGCCCAUGCUCUUGACACGACAUUAAAAUUGCCUCUCAAGAGAGGCCACGAUAUUUCCUUGACUCAGGUGACCCUCUCGCUCUCACCGCCCAGACCCGGAGCCUGGGGCUGGGAGGGUCCCUUCAUGCUGCAGUACAGAUCCUCUCUGGUGCUUUCCAUCCACAAGGAGUGGCGUGGGGCAGGCCUGCUGGGGAAAGUGUGCGGCAGCAGGGAGGGACAGGUGGCAGCGGGAAGGGGGCACGACAGAUGUGGGUGGGGAGGUUGGCCCCCCAGCGCCCUCUGCUGGAUGCGUGACAUUGGGCGCGGCAGGGAGCGCCCCUGAGCAGCUCUUUAUUCCUCUGUGGGAGCGUGUGCGCUCCCUUUUCCUGUCUACAGGGGUGGUGGAGAGACCCAAGGAGGUGGAGGAGAUGACAGCCCCGGAGACAUGAGGGUGUCCAUGGGCUCCCCUUGUCGACCACUGCCCCUCGCUGAGUCCACUCUUCCCUUGGUUCCAAGACCCCCUCGUGGUGGCCCCCUCCCCGCCCACCUGUACCUCUUCAGUGGCUCUUGCCGCCCACCUCCUCUCCCCAGCCAUCGAUGCGGCCGUUCCGAGGCUCGGUCCUGAGCCUCGUCCUCUCACUGCCACUUCUUGCCCUCUGUGGCCUCGUCUACACUCCAGCAUCUGAAGUUACAGGAGACACCUCUCCGGAGGUGACUCAGAUCUGUACCUGGAGCCCAGGCUCCUUUGGGACGCGUUCGACCCACUCUCGACCUCACUGUUAGCAGGUCCACAGCUGCAGCUUGACCAUCUCCCUGCACCUGCUCCUCUCCUGAGGUCCCACUCCUCAGACCGAAGCCCUGCCACUGGGUCAUCGCCUUCUCCUGGCUCCUCAUGAUCCAUCCUCUCGAGUCCAAGCUCUCACGAGUACCCACCGUUUACCUGGUUCUUUCCGGCUGCUCUGUCAUCACUCGGUCCCACUGCCAUCCCCUCGUCAGGACAAUUCAAACAGCUUUGUGACACCUCCCUGUGCUCCUCACUGGCCUCUUUCCCGUCCGGUCUCCACCCAGCAGCCGCAGUGGGCUGUGCGGUGCAAACCCAGGGAGAAACCCAUCUUCCACGUGGCCCACAGGUCCCGCGUGGUCGGCCCGACGUGUCCCUCCAGCCUCCGCCGGCCCCGCACCCCCUCCGUCUCUUCACCCCACCCUGCUGGCCUUCUCCUUUGGUUUGUUUACUUCCCCGCUCCCUCCAGCAGCCAGGCCACACGUAGAGCUCUUUCCAUGCCUUGGAAUGCUCAUCCUGCCCUUUCUGCCAUGGGAUCUCAGCUGAACCAUCACUUCUUGAGGGAGCCGUCCUUGACCCUCCCUGUUGGGUCAGGCCUCCCCACACACAUCCCCAGAGUCGUCUUCAGAGCCAUGGGCAUGGCUGUCAUUUAUAGUCAUCUGUGUGAUUCCUGCCCUGUCUGUCUCCCCAACUCAGGAGGUCGUGAGUCCUGCCUGUAUCUGUUGACCUUUGUCUAGCCCCUGGAAGACUGUUCAGUCUACAGAGUAGGAGCUUUAAGCAGCUUAUCUGCCAGCAUACACCUGAAGGCACGAUUUGCCCCCAUGACCUCCCCAGAGAUGCUCAGUCUCUUGGCUUAAUUCCUUCCCGAAACUCCAGAAUCCCCUCCUUGGAAGUUUUCCUAAGAGUCUGAGACAGGUAGCUCUCCAAGUCAUGGCCAAGUAGUUAGAGCACAAGACUGGUCUGGCUGAUCACGCUCAGCAGGUCAGGGCAGAGGUCAGGAUUUCUGCGUGCCACCUGCCACGGCAGGGACCUCCUUCAGGUCUGUCUCUGAGCCCUGCCCCGCCUUCCUGGAGGCCUCCUGAAGCCCCGACUGGCUGCAGAAGUGGGGCGCAUGCUGCUAGAAGAGGAGCGUCUGCGGUGGGCCCCCAAAUCCGUGUUGCGUGUCACCGGCGUGUUCCAAUAAAGCUAUCAAAA